CUCGUGGACGGCGGCGGAGGCUCGGCGCUGAGGGCGUGCAGCCCGUCAAGGAGCGCCUUUGCGAACUGAUCCGGGGUCGCGGCGGGGACACGGGGUCAGAGCACAGCGCCAGGUCGCGCCUCUCGAGGGCGGAGGCCACGUUGCCCGGGUUACUGAGCGCGCGCCAGGCCGACGCCCCGCCCCCGGCCGCGGCCGCCCCGCCCCCCGUUGAGGCCGCCCUCGGCGCUGCCUGAGAGGCGUGCGAGGUGGCCGCGGUGUCUCCCCCUCGGCCGCGCUCGGUCGGUGGCCCUGAGCCAGCCUGGGGCACUCGGGUGUGGGGGGCGCAGAGGCGGCGGGGCGGGGGCUCACUCGCGCUCCAGGUCCGCCCAGGGUGACCGGCUAAGGGGCCUCCGGGGCAAGGCCCGCUUUCCUGUCAAAAUGGCAGCGCCUAGCGUGCUCCGAGGGGAGCUGUGAGGAGGGGAGCCUGCCGCGCUUCAGUUUGAAACACGGGGACUGGGUCCCCCGGGCGAGCGGCGGAUCCGUGAAAGAAGUUUCUACAAUGGUUUGUUCAGCUCUCAGGAGAGUUGCACACUUGCGUGUCUACCUGGUAAGGAAGGCCAGCGGUGUCUCCAGAGGCCAUCAGCAUCAGGCAUUGGGUUUGAGGCCUGCUGCUUCAGAGUUUGCUGCACGAGGAGCUCCAGGUAGUGUGGUGGAGCUGCUGGGUAAAUCCUACCCUCAGGACGACUACAGCAACCUCUCCCGGAAGGUCCUCUCCAGGGUUGGCAGGAAUCUGCACAACCAGCAGCAUCACCCUCUUUGGCUGAUCAAGGAGAGGGUGAAGGAGCACUUCUAUAAGCAGUAUGUGGGCCGCUUUGGGACCCCGCUGUUCUCCGUCUACGAUGACCUUUCUCCGGUAGUCACGACCUGGCAGAACUUUGACAGCCUGCUCAUCCCAGCUGACCACCCCAGCCGGAAGAAGGGGGACAACUAUUACCUGAAUAGGACUCACAUGCUGCGAGCGCACACGUCUGCGCACCAGUGGGACCUGCUGCAUGCUGGGCUGGACGCCUUCCUGGUGGUGGGCGAUGUCUACCGGCGCGACCAGAUUGACUCCCAGCACUACCCGGUUUUCCACCAGCUGGAGGCCGUCCGGCUCUUCUCUAAGCACAAGUUAUUUGCUGGCAUAAAGGAUGGAGAAAGCCUGCAGCUCUUUGAACAAAGUUCUCGCUCUGCCCAUAAACAAGAGACACAUACCAUGGAGGCCGUGAAGCUCGUAGAGUUUGACCUUAAGCAAACACUUACCAGGCUUGUGACACAUCUUUUUGGAGAUGGACUGGACAUUAGAUGGGUAGACUGCUACUUUCCUUUUACUCAUCCUUCCUUCGAGAUGGAGAUCAACUUCCGUGGAGAAUGGCUGGAAGUUCUUGGCUGUGGGGUGAUGGAACAACAGCUGGUAAAUUCAGCUGGUGCUCAAGAUCGGAUAGGUUGGGCUUUUGGCCUAGGAUUAGAAAGACUGGCCAUGAUCCUCUAUGACAUCCCUGACAUCCGCCUCUUCUGGAGUGAGGAUGAGCGUUUCCUGAAGCAGUUCCAUGUGUCAGAUAUCAGCCAGAAGGUGAAAUUUCAGCCUCUUAGCAAAUAUCCUGCUGUGAUAAAUGACAUUUCAUUCUGGUUGCCCUCUGAGAAUUACUCAGAAAACGAUUUCUAUGACUUAGUCCGCACAAUUGGAGGAGACCUGGUGGAAAAAGUUGAUCUUAUAGACAAGUUUGAACACCCAAAAGCCAAAUAAGUGCAGUUAUCUGAACUUAAAGAUUGGCCAGCAAUGAAAAGCCAGCUACAGCUAAUCUUGGGAGAGCUUGUCAGAAGUUGUGUCCCUUUGAAACUGACAACAUGCAGUACCCAGGAGAUGGCUAGAGGGGGCCAGGACUGCUCUAGAUCUCGCCUGGCUUCUUUCCCUUUCUUCAUUUUUAUUGCAGUGCUGGUGGCGUGAGUAUAAGAACUUUUAUUGUUGUGGUUCAGACAGCCCAGAAAGCAAUUCUAAGAAAACUAUUUUUAGCCUAGAUAUUUGUUUUUCCCUACUUUCCUUCCCUUCCCUCCUUUCCAAAGCCUUUUUAAAGCAGUCCACGAGGGGUGCAUUUCAUCAGUCACAUAGCAGCCCUGUUUGCCACCAGCAUUAGACAAAUUGAAACACAAUUAGUUCAGUCCCUGAAAAACCUUGUUCCACCUCAUCCCCCAGCACAUCACCAUUUGCUGAAGGAUUCUUUGGGAUUACCUUCAGAUCUGACCUGGCAGGGCCCCAGGAGUAGCAUCUCUGCACAGAGCAGGGAAGGAGCAGAGAGACUACUUGAUGGCAGCUAGACAAGGAGAGAGGCCCGGCGCUUAAUGACCUAGAUCUUUAAUGAUCUGCUGCAUUGCAGGACACCUUUGUGAAAAUUAAUGAUGAAGCCACUCUUUGCUCUUUAACUUUCAAUUAGCAGUUUUCAGGGGUUUCUUUGAAUAUUGUCUUCCUUUGGCAUCUCGUGUACCUUUCUGUAGUGUGGAGAUUGAAUGCUCUCUUUCCGAGAUGCAAGGUAAGAGUAACUCACAUCCUUUGAUGUUUCCCUGUCCCACCUCCAACAGUUACCAUCAGAUUAAAGCAAGUUAAAAUGCACGCCAAGGGCAGCCUGUGAGGAGAAAAUAAGUCACAGAAUCGCUAGAAGCAUUCUGUGACUUGCAGCCCCACCCCAUCAUUUUGGGCAAUUAUGAGUAAGGCUCUAAAUCAUUUUGGGUCUUUAGAUUUGUUGUCCCAGUUCACAGGGUCACUUCUUUCCAUUGGCUACCAACAAAAUUUGAUGCCCAGAGCCAGCAGUGGGAGUCUACUCUCCCCCUGCCCACUCCCCACUAUCUGUCCCUGUGUCAGUUACCUCGUUCUUCACACCCCACAGAAGCUGGGCCUUGAAUGUACCAUAGCCCUCACAGUUAAUGAUGUGGUCUUAGUAACCAAGAGAUUUAUGAAUCCAAAUACAGCCUGACACUGUUCAACCUCACAAUUGCACAUAGGAUAACAAAGCAGUUAUCCUAAUUACAGAUUUUGGAGUUGUUUCUAAAGAUGGGCCAAUGAUAUGUAAGGAAGUCUCAAGGAUAUACAGGUGAGACUUAUUUGAGUCACUCUUCAAAAAUUCAAAUUUCAGAACAGUAGAGAUGGCCCUGGCAGACUUGAGCCUUGCUGGUCUCCUCCUGAGCAAGAAGCAAGCCCUUUUCUGCUGCCAGUCCCUCUGGGCUCCAGCAUCACACAAGGCCAGGGCCAUGACUCACACAGCGUUGCUGGCUGGGACGGUGCCGUGAUACAGCCCCAUAUGUAUCUUGGGCUAGUUAUUUUCCUUAACUUGGUCAUAACUGAGGCUCAAGUAGCAGCCAGGAGAGUGUACUAAAGAAGGCAGGGGGCAGGCACAUAUGG